AUGCGCAGCUUUUCUAAACUGUGCGUCCCAGGCGAAGUGCCACGGACCUUUCCGGUGAGAGUCACGGAUGCGGCCCUUCACGGGACUCUCCUGGCCGGUCCCUCUCUGUUCCCGGUGAUCCCCGUGUCCUCCAGAGGACCCUCGGAUUCCAGCGCCGAGCCGCCGGAGCAGUCUGCGAUGUUCUGUCGGCCUCUCGAAACCAUGGAAAGCGCGGAGACGACAGAGGAUGAACCCAAAGUUUAUCUGGAAGCCAGCGAUCUCUGGAGACAGUUCCACAAAUGCGGCACAGAAAUGGUCAUCACAAAAUCUGGGAGGCGCAUGUUUCCCCCGCUCAAGGCCCGGUGUAGCGGGAUGGACAGAAAAGCCAAGUACAUCCUCCUGAUGGACAUCGUGGCGGCGGAUGACUGCAGAUAUAAAUUUCAUAACUCGCGCUGGAUGGUGGCGGGGAAGGCGGAUCCGGAGAUGCCCAAGCGCAUGUACAUCCAUCCCGACAGUCCAGCCACGGGCGAGCAGUGGAUGUCCAAAGUGGUCAACUUCCACAAGCUGAAACUGACCAACAACAUAUCCGACAAGCACGGAUUCACAAUUCUCAACUCAAUGCACAAAUACCAACCCAGGUUUCACGUCGUGAAGGCAAAUGACAUCCUGAAGCUUCCCUACAGCACUUUCAGGACCUAUAUCUUCCCCGAGACAGAGUUCAUUGCAGUGACAGCUUAUCAAAACGACAAGAUCACACAGCUGAAAAUAGACAAUAAUCCCUUUGCAAAGGGGUUUCGGGACACUGGUAAUGGACGGAGAGAAAAGAGGAAACUGCAACACUUGUCGCCGAAGUCUAAAGAGAUGCGGAUGACUGAAGUGAAUCAUGAAUAUAUUACAGUUUCUUCUCCACAAUAUUCAGAAAAUUCCAAGUCUUCAGAUGCCCAUGAAAGUGACAGCGACAGAGACGAAAAUGUCAAGGAUGAUUCUGAAAAAACCCACAAGGAAACAGAAGCGGUGUCAGAAAGGACUGUUCAGACUCCAGCGGCGGCACGGAGAGAAACGGACCCUAAAGAGAAUCGUGUCGUCGGCGUAUCGACGGAGCGGCCGGGCCGAGAGUCAGAUGAUGAACAACUGUGCAAACUACGCAACGCUUUUCCACGCAGCUGCCUUUAUUCCCUGGAGUCGGAUGUGAAUAUCCGAUACCUUCACCCGGCUCAGGUGAACGGCUGGUAUGACACAGCGGGGCCGUGUGGGCUGGGAGUGGGGGGCCCCACCAGAAUGCCGGCCCCCAUCAGCCUUCAGCGUCACGCUGUGGUCCAGGACUUGAUGAGCCUCUCUCACUUCGGAGCUUUCCUGUUUUAUCCAUACUCCAGCGUCUCUGCGGGAUCAGCCCACUACCUCAUCCCACCGGCACGGUCCAGAGUGGACUUUAGAGGCUGUCCAAGAAUCCACAGCCUGGAUUACUUCCCCUCUCCAGUAGUACCGACACCGGUUUCCUCUGUGGCGGGUGUCGGUUUCAAAUAUCUGACCCCAGAACUGGUAAUGCCUCCAGAGACAGAGCAGACAAGCCCAGAGGAGGAGACUGGACUGAGCCAGGCCAGGAAAAGUACUGAGUUCUGACCGGCUGCCGCAUACCUGCAUGCUGUCUGCUGACACUGAAUUCACUCCAAACUGAACCUUCAGUCAUGCAGGAUCUCAUACUUGCUGUUGCAAACAUGGCUCAAAACUGACAGCAUGACCUUUUAUCAAUUUCAUGACAAACAUCUGGAUUUUGUGUUGACAUUAGAUGGUGCAGAGUGGAUCUUAUGGCAGCUGUAGAUUCAGAAACUGCUUACUUGUUGGUUGUAUUUUCCGUUAAGUUGACAGAUUUCUUUAAAUGAAGUUUACCAGAAUGAAGCCAGUAUAAAAACAAAUACCUCAUUAACAAACUGUUAACAUUGUAAUGAUGCAGU